CAUUUUCUUUGUUCCAUGUAUGUAUUUGGUCUUUACUAAGACUAUAUAUUAAUCACCAUUGCCUCUUGUUCCUCACACAAUCUUGUAAUCCAAAAACACAUACUAGAAAGAACCACCAAGUACCGAUUACUUCAUAUCACCAACAAUGGCAUUUUCAAGCUAUGCUUUGAGAAGUUCCGUCCCAACUACCCUUAUGAAACCAUCUGCUAUUGCUACUCCAACAGCGUUUCAUACACCCCCUCUUCCUAUCAAUGCUUUCUCACCCUUCGCUUCAUCAAUCCCAUCUCUCACAAGAAACCUAAAGAUCAACACUGCAUUGCCACAGUCUUGCUUUUCUUCACUUCAUAAGAAAGCUUUUACUUGCAAAAGCCAAGUUGAUCAGAAUUCUGACAUUGAAAAAGUUCAAGAAUUAAAUGUUUAUGAGAUCAAUGAGAGAGAUCGUGGCAGCCCUGCUUAUUUGAGAUUAGGGUUUAAAAGUGUCAAUUCUCUUGGUGAUUUAGUCCCAUUCAGCAACAAAUUGUAUACUGGUGACCUACAAAAACGCAUUGGAAUAACAGCUGGUAUUUGCAUAUUGAUUCAACACAAAGCAGAAAAGUAUGGUGACAGAUAUGAAGCAAUCUACAGUUUUCACGUUGGAGACUAUGGUCAAAUAGCUGUGCAAGGACCUUACCUAACCUAUGAGGACACAUAUCUAACUGUGACUGGUGGUACUGGAAUUUUUGAAGGUGUUACAGGCCAAGUGAAGCUCAAUCAAAUUGUUUUUCCAUUUAAGAUUUUCUACACAUUUUAUUUGAAGGGUAUUAAGGAUUUGCCACAAGAGCUUCUUGGUAAACCAGUUGAGCCUAACCCUAAUGUUGAAGCUUCUCCUGCUGCUAAAGCUCUUGAGCCACAUGCUACCAUUGCUGGUUUUACUAACUAGUGAAUUUGGUGUUUUUUUUGUUAUAAUAUUUUUGGAACAAGGGUUGCGGUCAAAGUAACUCAAACCUAUAUGGGACUUUGAAUUAUGUUGAUAUGUACGUGGAUUUUGAUUCAUGUAUGUAUCCCACUUUUAAUGACUAAUAACGAGCUUAUUGUUAAAUUUGA